AUGUCUGCCGACGAUAAUGUGCGAAUUAUGGAUAUUCGUUUCUGUGAAAAUGUGGAAAGCCAAUAUGAUUCCAAUAAGUACAAUUGCUAUGCUAACGAAUUGCGAACUGUUUUGUUUGAGAAAUAUAUUGAUGCACUACUUCAACACCAUAUCAAUGAGGAUUUGAUGAUCUUGUUAGAUGCCAGCUUACAAUUGCUGUCAAAGGAAGAAGUAUCAAGAUUUAAAAAAGGAUUUAACUGGUUAAGUGAAUCAACCCACAUUUGGUUUAAUACCGUUGAAAAUCCUGUUGAUGCGGCCAAGUACUAUUCAAACUCAUUGUAA